AUGGAUUCGCAACAUCCAGGAGAUAUCUCUGGCGGAUAUUACGAACAGGCACCUCCACUACCUGCUCGUACCAUCAACAAUUCACAUAAUCUUCCGGUGCAACAGUCAUAUCCAGCACCCCCUCAGAGAUUGAGCAGUGCCAGAUCUUCGACCGAGGACGUCUCAUCACCAAUUCAUUACACCCGAGAUCCACACAAGCUCGUGGCGUAUUUGAUACCAUUUCCAAAACCGAAACUCCAUGGGAUCCCACCAGAUGCUAUUCCAACUAGAUUCCUGAUUUAUACUCCACCACCUCCGCCCCUCAAAGCACCUGCAGAAGGGGAGAAGGAAACCAAGGUUCACAAGUUGCAACGUAAAUGGCAAGAAGAAGUGCGUGAGGCNAAAAUGUCAACUGCCAAAACCGCGAGUUGGAAGGGCGUGAAAAGCAAAGCUACGAAAGCAAUCAACACGGCCAUGGGUUACACCAAGAGUUCCAACCUCGAGUUUAUUAACAGAAUCAACCUUGACGGCGACAAAGGGUCCGAAUCACACGCACAGAACGAGCAUGCAGAAGGUGGAGAAGUUCAUCACACGGUCGGCUUGGAGGAGAUGAUUCUAGUGUAUCCUGCUGGCAUCAAGAGUACUCCUGAUCAGCUCAAAACCGAGUUUGUCGAAACGAUGAUGCGAAGCAAGAGCAAGGCUCAGAGAGACUCAAUCAUUGCCACCGGAUUAUUGCCUGUAUCUGCCGCAACCGAUAUCAUGCUUACCUUGAUCUGGCCAUUUGGAGGACUGCUCGAAGUCGAUGCCGUCUGGGCAGCUGCUUCGAUCAGAGGCGCAAAGAUUUCUCGAAACGUGACCAAGCGACUUCACUCUACUUCCACGAAUGGAAAGGAUGAUGAAGACACGUUGAAACUCUCCUUCAAUCCUUCGUCUCGUCUCGAACCGCUAGACAGAUACCUGGAAGCGAGAUGUCACGAGAAAGAUGCAAAGAUCUUCCCGUCCUUCGGCACCUCACCAACUGAGACAGAGUGCCUUGAGGCGAUAGGUUGGGCUCCAAGUCAGACUGGCGGUGAGGCAAAGAACUGGGAAGAUGAGCACUGGGAGACUACAGAGGUCAAAAAUGAUCUCAAGACUGUCAUGACCAAGGCAGCACACGAGUGGGACAAGUGGUGCAAAGCCUACGAGAAAAAUCCCGAGAAAGCAUCGAAGAAAUAA